AUGCUGCUACCCAUUCUGGGCCUCUUGACUCUCAUCUUUGCAGUCGGCUUUCAACUCGUCUUGAGCCCUUUGCUGGCCAACUUGGGAAUCAUCAAACGACAAGUGGAGAGUGUGAAUAAUGCAAGAUGUCGAAAGAUUGAUGGUGAGCCAGCGAGCGAGCGAGCGAGCGAGCAAGCAAGCAGGUGGCCGAGCAUGCUUUGGGUGGUAGAAGCUGCGAUGGCCCGUCGCUCCAACGCUACCAAACCCAAUGCAACAAAGAUGUUACAUAUCUGGGGGCUUUCCAUCUUCGAUCUUUGCUUUCGCUCAUCGUUCAUGGCUUACCUUGCCCUUCUUCUGCCACGUACCGCGCUAUUAAUGCCGAUGACGUCAUCGACAGCUCUCCAAGCUUGCGAGCGUGAGUCACGAGUUCAAUUCUUUGCGGCGCUGCAGUAAAUGUAAAUGUAGAGAGGCUGUUUGAAAUCCUCUUUCUCACACACAAAUCUCGUUUGCGCUUUGGAAAAAAUCCACUGGAUUACGUCAUUUACGCUGUUUUACAAUCGGAUGAGCAGACACGUGGUUGCACGAGCCAAGCGGCUUGCUGUACGCCGCCUGCUCGGAUCCUGUCAAGAGGAGUUAUUGGACACCCGCGUGAGUAUGGCUUAAAUCGCGCAAGGUCGAAAUCGCAGCCACAGUUCUGGGACUCAACCUCUGCGCGAGAAUUCGCCUAACGACCCCCUUGCACAGCAACAACAAGCGCGAAGUGAAAGAACGGCCGCGAAACGACUAUCUGGCGAUAUACGACACGAAUGCCGGCACGACUCGAAAAGUGUCGCUGGUCGACUUUGCUUUGGCGGGCAAUGAUGGGAAGGCAGAGAUCAAUGUUCACGGAUUCGACAUUCAUGUGGGCGAGCAGAGUGCAGAUGGUGCGCCAAGGCUGGACAUUUUUAUGAUCAACCACCGACCACCUCUGGGCGAAGGAGGGAUGGAACUGGAUGCGAACAAGGUGGGUGCCAACUCCACCAUUGAGCAUUUCACUUCGAAUCUUGGAGCAGGUGAGGCGCAAUACGUCAAGACUUACUUUGACGAAGAGAUCAUCACUACGCCCAACUCGGUCGUAGCGACAUCUUCCAACAGCUUCUUGUUCACAAACGAUCACGGCAUCGACAAGGCUUCGCCCUUGCGCCUCUUGAAUCCCUUUGUGCCGCUGUCCAACAUUGGCUAUUGCAAUGCGCGUAGAGGAUGCAAAGAGGCCUACUCUCCACUCACCUUUGCAAACGGAAUCACGAGAGGCACAGCGCAAGAUCAGUAUUGGGUAGCAUCUAGCGCUGAUGGACUUUUCAAAUCCUUCGAGUUGCAAGCGGACGGAUCUUUGGUGCUGGGCGAUUCGGUCAAGGUGGGCAUGUCGGUGGACAAUCUUUCGACGGACAGCAAAGGUUCCAUUUGGGCCGCUGGCCUGACCAAAGCUCUUCAAUCCGUGCACUACAUGAACGAAUUUGGAGCAAUCAAAAGCAGCCAUAGCGAUGCUGCUGCUGCUGCUGCUGCCAAAGCUCCAUCGACGGGGUGGAAAUUGAGCUUGAAUGAUGGGAAAGAUGCAUUGUUUGGACAGAAGUGGAGGGUGGAGAAAAAGUUCGAGGAUGAUGGGAGUGUGGCGCCGGCUCUCACUAUGGUCGUGCACGACGCUGCAAGGAACAAGCUCUUCCUUUCCGGUCUAUCCACCCCCUUUAUUCUUUCUUGCGACAUCUACGAAUGA